CGCCCGGCCCGGCCCGGCCCUCCCCCGGCUCGGGCGAGGAAAUGACCUAAGAGGAAACCUGGGCCGUGCCGGGAGGGCGCGGGAGGUGCCGGCGAUGUCCCGGCGGCCCGAGGACUCGGCGGGGGCGGCCGGCAGGGACUGUCACUAGCUCAUCCAUUGCCCUGACUCUUGCCCUUGGAGGAAACCCGUCAUGGGGGAAACAGGCAAAGAAGAGUACAAAAUACAGUCCUUCGACUCCGAGACUCAGAAGCUGCUGAAAACAGCCCUGAAAGACCCCAGUAAUGUGGACCUGGAGAAAGUGGCCAAUAUUAUAGUGGACCAGUCCCUCAAAGACUCUGUGUUCAGCAAGGAGGCUGGGCGCAUCUGCUACACCAUCAUCCAGGCGGAGAGCAAACAAGUUGGCCAGAGCAUCUUCCGGAGGAGCCUGCUGAACCGGCUGCAGCAGGAGUACAAGGACAGGGAGGAGCUGCGCACCCGCUCACUCCAGGCCUGGAUCUGCUACGUCACCUUCAUCUGCAACAUCUUUGACUACCUGAGGGUGAACAACAUGCCCAUGAUGGCUCUGGUGAACCCGGUGUACGACUGCCUGUUCCGGCUGGCACAGCCCGACAGCCUGCAGAAGGAAGAGGAGGUGGACUGCUUGGUCCUGCAGCUCCACCGCAUCGGUGAGCAGCUGGAGAAGAUGAAUUCCCAGCGGAUGGACGAGCUCUUCUCCCUGCUCCGAGAUGGUUUCCUUCUGCAGGAGGGGCUCAGCUCCCUGUCCCAGCUCCUGCUGCUGGAGAUCAUCGAGUUCCGGGCUGCUGAGUGGAAGAUGACGGACGCUGCCCAGAAAUAUUAUUACAGUGAAGUGACAGAUUAACCUCCCGAGGCAGAGGAAUCCCCAGCACCUUCACCAGCAGGCUUUGUACCAAUUUGGAAUUUUUCACAUUAAUUUUCUAGCACUCCCUGUAAAUAGGAUUUAUACUGGCUAGAGCCUCUCUGCACCUACUGUCAGAUGCAGCUGGUGCUGGUCUGACUUUGGAGGUUCAGAGCAGUGGGAAGGGCACACUUUACCC